AUGUUGAACCGGAUCCAUGUGAGGUCAACAUUUUUCAGUAGUGACGAGGCUCACUUUCAUCUCAGUGGGGCGGUGAAUAAGCAAAAUUUUCGCUAUUGGGCAGAAAAUAAUCCACGGCAAAUUCACGAGAGACCUCUUCACUCUCCAAAAGUGACCGUGUGGUGUGCGAUUUCAAAAUUUGGGGUGAUUGGGCCUUAUUUUUUUGAGGAGAAUGGACAAACCGUAACUGUCAACGCUGAACGUUACGUUUCCAUGUUGGACAAUUUUUUUGAACCUCAAUUGGAAGAGUUAAUGGAAGAAACAAAUAUGGGGGACAUCUGGUUCCAACAGGACGGGGCUACAGCACAUACUGCUCGAGUUUCAAUGACGAAGCUGCGACAGAUGUUCCCUACACAUCUCGUCUCUCUGAGGGGUGAUUUGAGGUGGCCUGCGCGCUCACCAGACUUGAGCAUUUGUGAUUUUUUCUUGUGGGGCUACCUGAAGGAAAAGAUUUUUAAACAUCGGCCUCACACGUUGGAAGAACUCAAAGACCGAAUUAGGGAGGAAAUUGGCGCUAUACCAGUCGAAAUGUGUCAAAAUGCGGCAGAAAAUUUCAGAAAUCGCCUUCAUCAGUGUAUCGCUGCUGGCGGCCAUCAUCUUUCUGAUGUCAUUUUUAAAACUUGA